CGAAGAGUGGGUACGUUGGCUCGGUCUUUGGAUCAUUUCCUUAUUCUUCCUUCGUUAAUGUUAGUAAGUAUUAGUACUGCUACGUCUAUUUCCAAUCUAGCGCUACUAACUUCGUGCAUAAAUUUGUUCCCUUUUGGAGUAGUUAAUUUCUUCUAGGCUCCCUCUACCAAAGAUCCAUUUCUUUGCUUGGUUUUUUCCUGUACAAAGAAUGGUAGGUACGAGAAUAUCCAAGCAAUCAUUGGGUGGAAGCCGGGGGAAGCAGAAGACGCGGCAUACCUAGAAAAAGCUGGAGAAGUUGUCUAGACGAAAAAUGAGAGACUAAGGUUUGGAGGGGUAUGCCUUGUUUGACGCAGAUGUUUGGAGAUCGGGAAUCGGAAGUCGUAAAGACGGAAGGAGAGACCGUGUGCUGAAACAUGUUACGGCAUCAUGAAAUUUUGGAAAUCUACAAACUUUUUUGUUUCCUUCCUACAUUUUUGAAUCAUAUCGGUUUAAAACUCUAUGGCCAACCUUUUCAAUUUUUUUUGUCACUAGAAAUUUGUGGCAAUUAUCGCGACAAUUCUUUUUAUUUUUUGGAGCUUGAGACCUAUAUACAAACUAGCAAAAGUUCUAGUAUAAAACAAAAUUUUCGGUCAUUGCAAAAUAUUAUUUCAAAUUCAGCCUGUGCCAUGAUGAAGAGCAACUGGAUUACUUCGAUUUUCAUUUUAGUUGCAUCAUGGGGAGUGUGUGUCAUUGGGAAAAAAAUUCCUGAAUUCAUCCAUCCAUGUCAUAGAAGCGAUCAACAUUUAUUUCAAUGCGUCAACAAAUCCAUAGAGUAUUUACGACCGCGCCUCAUUAUUGGCAUACCAGAAUUAGGCAUCCAAGCACUGGAGCCUUUCAAGAUCAAUAAAAUUGUGAUAUUUGAUGGAAAAGAUCCGUCUGGUUCUCGUGGCUAUUUGACUGAUGUUGAGGCUAAAGGAGCUGGAAUGUUUCAGGUUACAAAGAUAAGGGUAGAUAACAACAAGAACAUUUACAGGAUAGGAGUGGAAAUCCCAUCUUUAGAACUAGAAGGAAUGCACAAUUUCGACUUAAAUGUAUUUGGACUUGCAAUUAAAUCUGCCGGCAAAUAUUAUUCCAAAUCUACUCAUAUACAUGGUCAAGCAAUACUCCAGGGUAGUCUGGGACAAAAUAAUCGACUAACUUUCAAGUCAAUGGCGCUCAAAUUGAAAACAGAUAAUCUUGAUAUGAAGUUGGAAAGCAAGUUUCCUGAAAAUCCUAUUCUUGAUCAAGCAAUUACGGAGAUUGUUCACAACAACAAUGCAGAAUUAAGGAAGUUGCUGGCGCCCAUCACGGAAAAGGUUAUGGUAGAUAUCUUGCUUCCAAUUUGUAACAAUAUUGUGAAAGACUUUAAUUAUGAUGAACUUUUUCCAAUUUAAAAAAUAAAAAAUAAUAAUUUUAAUUGAAAU